UCGUUUGAAAGUGAAUACUUCUCCUCAGUCAGGGCCAAACACUAAAUUAGAGCCCUCCGAUCUGAAUCAUCUCAUGACUCUGACUCGAGCACAGGGUCGGACCUCUGUCUUCCUUGGUUUUCGCCUCACCGGUGAGCACAGACAUGUCUCACCGCAAAUUCCAUGCCCCCCGUCAUGGGCACAUGGGGUUCCUGCCCCACAAACGCAGCAAAAAGCACCGUGGUAAAGUCCGUUCCUGGCCCCGGGAUGACCCCAGCAAACCUGUACACCUGACAGCCUUCCUGGGAUACAAAGCCGGGAUGACGCACACCCUUAGGGAGGUGCAUCGCACUGGCCUCAAGCAAUCGAAGCGAGAAGAGGUGGAGGCGGUGAGCAUCAUAGAGACGCCCCCGGUCAUUGUGGUAGGGGUGGUGGGCUACAUCAAAACCGUGCGUGGGCUUCGCUCCUUAAAGACGGUCUUUGCUGAGCAUCUCAGCGACGAGUGCAAGCGCAGAUUUUACAAAAACUGGCACAAGAGCAAGAAGAAGGCCUUCACCAAGUACUGCAAGAAGUGGCAGGAUGAGACGGGGAAGAAGCAGCUGGACAAAGACUUCCACCACAUGAAGAAAUACUGCUCAGUCAUAAGGGUCAUCGUGCACUCGCAGAUGCGGCUUCUGCCCAUCAAGCAGAAGAAGGCGCACAUCAUGGAGAUCCAGCUGAACGGAGGAACUGUGGCCGACAAAGUGGACUGGGCAAAGGAACAUCUGGAGCAGGCGGUGCCCGUCAGCACUGUCUUCACCCAGAAUGAGAUGAUUGACGUCAUCGGCGUCACCAAGGGUCAUGGCUUCAAAGGGGUGACGAGUCGAUGGCACACCAAGAAGCUUCCCAGGAAGACACACAAGGGUCUGCGGAAGGUGGCGUGCAUCGGGGCUUGGCACCCUGCACGGGUCAGCUACACUAUUGCCCGUGCCGGUCAGAAGGGCUACCACCAUCGCACUGAGAUCAACAAGAAGAUCUACAGAAUAGGCAAGGGAGUCCACAUCCAGGAUGGAAAAGUGAUUCGAAAUAACGCCUCCACCAACUAUGACACCACCCAGAAAACCAUCAGCCCCUUGGGAGGUUUCCCACGCUAUGGUGAGGUGAACAACGAUUUCAUCAUGGUGAAGGGAUGCGUGGUCGGCGUGAAGAAGCGCGUCCUCACCCUCAGAAAGUCUUUGAUAGAGCACACGUCACGCAAGUCCCAGGAGGAGAUCGAGUUGAAGUUCAUCGACACCACGUCCAAGUUUGGCCACGGUCGCUUCCAGACUCUCCAGGAGAAGAGAGCCUUCAUGGGGCCGCUGAAGAAGGACAAGAUGAAGAAGCUGACAGAACCUCUGACAGUGGAGGACUGAGGAAAUGACUGGCAAUUAAGAUGCUUCAUUGUUUCAGAAUAAAUCAAUUGCAGAACACUUUUAUUGUUCGUAAAUGGCUUUGCAUAAGAGUGACUCACUCAACCAUACCAGGGGCCAUCUUUUUACACCCAAGUCAGGGGUCAAACAAGUAGGUUAGACAUCAUCCAAUAUGUCACUGAAGGUCAAUG